CUAUUUGCAUAACCUUGUCCUCUGUAUCCGUGCUGGUGCUCUGCUUGGUCUCGGUCUCGUCACCGCCACGCCGGUCUGCCGUCGUCUCGUCUGCUGCACUCCACUGUCCACUCCACUCUCCCACCGCACUUUCCUCUCUCCUCCCCUGUUUUCGCUCCCCUCGAGACCCCCAAAGCACCGAAAGGGGGAGGAGCGGAGGGAGAUAGAGAAAGCGGCGGGGUUCAAGAACGCCGCGGCCAUCCGGAGCCAGGAUUCUCCCGAUACACCCCCUCGUUCCCAGUUCUUCAGUGGCGCCGAUUUGGAGUUCCAGAGACGGCGAUGGGCUCCGGAUCUCUGCUCAAGGUCUUCGCCAACAACUUCGACGUCCUUGCAGGGCCUUUGGUGGCAUUGGCUUAUCCUUUGUAUGCUUCCAUUAAGGCAAUAGAGACCAAAUCUCCUGUGGAUGAUCAACAAUGGCUCACAUAUUGGGUCCUGUACUCACUAAUAACAUUGUUUGAACUCACAUUUGCAUCAAUUAUUCAGUGGCUUCCUUUCUGGCCUUCAAUGAAAUUGAUCUUUAUUUGCUGGCUUGUCUUGCCAUACUUCAAUGGCGCAGCCUAUGUGUACCAGAAUUAUGUGAGACCUGCCUUCAUAAAGAACCAGAUGGUCAACAUUUGGUAUGUCCCUCAGAAAAAAGGCCUUCUUGGGAAAUCUGAUGACUUCCUCACAGCACUUGAUAAGUUCAUUGAAGAAAAUGGGACUGACGCGCUGAAGAAAUUGGCGAACAAGGCUGGCAAGCCAUUUAAACAGUCUGGGAAAUCAUCUAAGGAUCAGAAAGAGACAAAAUCAUCAAAGGAUUCCAAAGAACCGAAGCCAUCAAAAGAUGCAAAGCAACCAAAGCCAUCAAAAGAUACAAAGGAGCCAAAGCCACCAAAGGUUUCAAAGUCACCCAAGGACUCCAAAGAACAGAAGAAGGCAACGCUGAAAGAUCCGAAGAAAGCACCAAAGGAUUCUAAAGGACUGAAGAAAGCGCUUAAGGAUCCGAAAGAACAGGAAUCAUUGGAAGACCCAAAGGAACAUACAGCAAAGAAGGCCGGCAAGCGUGUGACGUUCGCCGAGGUGGAGCCUGAGAAGGAGCUCAAGGCCUCGAACAGUGACUGGCACCCAUCCUCUGAUUUCCACGCGGCGUACCCUGAGCAGAACCCAUGGGCUAGCGGCUUCAUGAUCUUUGAGGAUGAAAACAGCUACUGGAACCGAGGACCCCUAGACUGCUGAGAUCAAAUGUAUCGAGGUGGACACUUUUUGGUCCGCUAGCAGUGCAAGGUCCCACCAGUUCAUCUUCAGCCGAGGAGAUGGGUCUCACUCGCAUUAUGGCGACUUGCGCCUGGUGUCUGACUCUCGGUCCUGUAACAUAUUUGUCCGACGAAUACCUGUAGGUUGUAGUGUAGAAUUAUCAAUUAUGCAGUGUGGAUGGUGAACCGGUGAUAUUGUGUUUCAGGCGGUGAACCUUGUUAGUUAGGAGAAUUGAGAUAGUAGCAGUGUGGUGCUAAACCUUAUCUGGUUUCUGGUUGUGUUGCUUGCUGUGCUCCCUGGUGCGUUUCCAGUAUCUGCACAAGUGCCACAAAAGUCUGACCGUGAUGAAAAGAUCCGUAAAAUCGUGCGAA